GGUUAAAAAAGGAGAGCGUCAAAAUGGAGGAAAGCCCUGUUACAAAUACCAAUACCACACUUAAUGGUCAAUGGAGAAAAAAGAGGCAGGAAAGAGAGGGGGAAAGAGUAAAAUAGGAGUUGGCAUAAUGCAAAUCUGCCACGUCACGCGGUGAAAAUACAGCCCUGCCAGCUGAAAACGAAGCAAAGGAGAAGAAAGUAAGCGAUGACAGGCGCUCAACGAAAGCGUAGCGUAGAGAGACGCGACAAAAGGGACAGCGACGACGUCGGCGAUUUAUACGUCAGCAGGCGAGCAAGCGCAAACGUACUCAUACGUCUCUUUGGGUCACUGUCAAAAAAGUGUUGAGAGUUAAGCAACGCGACGAGUGAAAGGCGAACGUGAAAUUGUGAAAAAAAAAACGUUGUUGAAAGUUUUGUCCAUUCUUGUUCAUUGUUUUUUGGCGAUUGCGAUCCUCUUUGGCUUAGCAAUGGAGAAAUUCGGUGCACCACGUGGCAAACGUCCGCGCGUCCAGGUAUCGAUGGAGCAGAAAGAGCGUGCCAUUGCCCGCAUACUCAGCGGUGAGACCAAGGCCGGCAUCUCCCGUGAGCUGGGCGUGCCCGAGUCCACGGUCCGUGGUUGGGUGAAGCGCUCCGAGCUGCGCUCCGCUCGCGAGAAAGAUGAAAAGCCAAAUCCAGACUUAACGGCAUCGCCGCCGCAGUCUUGGAAGCUACCGCAGAAGCGCAACAUUAAUGGUCAUCCGGUGGCCGUUUCUCCAUCUUCGGUGGAAGUUGCCCGAAAGUACAUGAGGGAGUCACUAUCGAUGGCAAUGCAGGCUCCAGUUCGGAUGCCGAUUCCGAUUCCACGUCACAUUGCGGUCGCCCUGGCACCCCUACCCUUGCCCUUUCCAAUGCCCCAAUCGGUCCUCAGCGGCAUCAACGAGUCAGUCGACGGCAGUCAGCUGAUCUACUGGCUGCACAUCUUCAAUGCGGGUAUCCUCAACUUCACCUGGAUCGUCACGGCCGCUCUCCAGCAUGCACGUGACCGUGGGUAUGCGCAUCGCCUGAGCUUGUGGCAGAUUAUCAACAAAUACGUGGACGAGGCCGCACGCAAUGUGUACACCAAUGCGGGCGUGUUUGCGCAUCCAUUGCCAAAAACAUAUCCACUUCGCAUUGGUAACUUUUCCCAGACGCCACGUCUCCACAUCACAGCCGAGGAUGAUGAAGAGGACGAUUAACUGUAGUGAUAAAGGGAACAUCUCUUGUGCUUUAUAUAAUGUAAAUGAAUAUCUCUUAAGGGGGGGCGGGGGGUAAAUUAUGUUUGAUUAAAGAUUGUAUUUACGGGUGUAU